AUGAAUGCUAUUAUUGGUUUAUGUCAUUUUUGUGAGGCUCAUGGUCCACGUCCCUUAUUCUGUACGUUCACAACAGACGACGAGGAUCACACAACAGAACCUUCAAAAUGUGCCGUACAAUGCAGUGGGUGUACAUCUAUAGGUUCUGAAACUGUUUUGAUAUCGAGAGAAGAUGAUGGGACAAUAUUUUGUAGCAGGGAGUCCGUUCCUAGCACCGAUGUGACUGCUUUUCUUAGACAAGCAGCUCUACGUAGUAUUACUUGUGAAGUAAAUUGGAGUAAGGAGGGUGGUGUGGUGUAUUUUAGUGAUACCCAAGGUCAUGUUCUCAGUCUAAUGUUCCAUUUAAAAGACACGAGGGCGAGAGGUCUUAAGAGAUUAUUCUCGGUAGUAGUCCUCAUGAAAGAUAAGAUGUUGCUCCUGAAUAUUACACCCAUGCUUUCAGAACAUAUGCAGAAAAUAGCAAAAGAGCUGCAACAGUUAGCAGAAGUGGUGUAUGAUAAUGAGCAAAGUAUCUGUUCUCAAAGAGCAUUGCGACUUAACACUGGAAGAAAUGACUAUGGUCAAUCAAGAUCUCUUAUACAAUUAACAGGUGAUAAGGAAGUUUACAAAAAACUCCAUUCUCACUUCACCUGGAUGCUAAGAAUAGGUGCUAUCACAUAUUCAGAAACUUUAUAUACAAGUCAGGAUUUACUUACAAAGUUAAACCCACAAAUACUUAAAGGCACAAUAUUUGAAGAUAAUGCAUGUUCAGUACAAAGUAAUGAAGAUUGUAUGUCACUAAGGGAAUUAGAAAAUUUAUUAACAAAUACUUUAUUUAGAAUACUUUUGUAUUGUACAUUAACUGGCAUCAAUAUUUUAAUCAAAUCUAAGCAAGUAAAAGCAACAAAAAUAAUCAAUAGCUUGUCAAUAUUAUUACCCAAUACAAAUAAUGCAAAUAUACAUAUACAAGAAACAAAUUCUGCAGUUUUACCUUCACAUAACAUAUGCAUGUUGGAAGAAACAGAAAACUGCAAUUUUGACUGCAAGUGGAGUGGAACAAUACCAACCAAAUGUCCUACAUUGAUGAAUAAAAUUGAAAAUGCAAUGAAAAAUACCAAAUUCAAUGAUACAGUAUUGCUCCAACAUUUGAAAACUUUACAACUGGAGUGGUUGGGAACUGUGAAAGCAAUUAAAAUGGCAAUACAAUCUUCAGGGAAACCAGAUGCAGUGAAUAAGCUGAAGCAAAUACUGGGUGUGACUCAGCAAGAUGAACCUUUAGUUAACUAUUGGUCACAAGUUUUCUGUGAU